AUGGGCUUGCUGAAGCUGCCCUCGCCUCACCCGCUGCUGCACUCAUGGCGCAGGUGUGGAUCCAGCCCUCGCACUGCAGGGACAGGGAGCUCAGCCCUUCCAGAGAUGGACCCAGCUCUGCACGAGUCUCCACGGACUGAACUCUCAGUUCUCAAUGACCAAAGUCCAGUGUCCUUAUCUGUUGCGCUCAGCGAUGCAAAACAGGCGUUUGCUGAGUUCGCUGACAAUGCGGACAGGUGCUUUCAGCCUUGUAAAAAGUCUACUUGGAUCGCUCAAUGGAGAUUCCCCAGCGCCCAGCCCCGGAGCCUCCGAGGGUCAGGGAGCCGGGACUUCGGCCUGAUCGUUCCGGAAGUCAGCAGGUACGGCACAGGCGCCUGCACACCAUCUGCUGUGCACACCAGCCUGCUGACCUCAAGUGUUCAGUCUCCUGAACGUGGGGACCUUGAGACUCUCGGCCGGGCCGGGACGGAAGGGGCCGCCGGCCAGGCCACUGAAGCAUCCUGGCCUCUUCAGGAAAUCACGGGGCGCAGCGUCCGGCUACCUCACAGGCGGCCUGGACGAAAAUCACUGCACGUGGAGAGCGAGCGACACUACCCAACCCUCAUCGGAUGUUGCUUGGCGCUUUGCUGCACGUCAGCCUCGUCCCCAAAGUUUCUCCACGUUUUGUGCUUACUUUGCCCCAGCCCGCCUACCUUUGGGUUCCUGUUGGACAUUGAUGGAGUGCUGGUGCGGGGCCACAAAGUCAUACCAGCUGCUCUGGAAGCAUUUCACAGGCUGACGAACACUCAGGGCCAGUUGCGGGUGCCUGUGGUUUUUGUCACAAAUGCUGGGAACAUCUUACAACACAGAAAAGCCCAGGAGCUGUCAGACCUGCUGGGGUGCAAGGUGGAGCCAGACCAGGUCAUUCUCUCUCACAGCCCCAUGAAGCUCUUUUCACAGUACCAUGACAAGUGGAUGCUGGUGUCUGGGCAGGGACCCGUGGUGGAGAAUGCCCGAGCCCUGUGCUUCCGGAAUGUAGUUACUGUGGAGGAGCUGCGGACAGCCUUCCCUGUGCUGGACAUGGUGGAUCUCGAGCGGCGGCCGACAGCCACGCCCCUUCUGAGGAGUGACUUCCCCACCAUUGAAGGUGUGCUCCUCCUCGGGGAGCCAGUCCGCUGGGAGACCAGCCUGCAGCUGAUCGUGGAUGUGCUCCUCAGCGAUGGGAACCCUGGCACUGGCCUGGCAACAGCACCCUAUCCACACCUCCCUGUCCUGGCCAGCAACAUGGAUCUUCUUUGGAUGGCUGAGGCCAAGAUGCCCAGGUUUGGCCACGGCACCUUUCUUCUUUGCCUGGAAGCUAUCUACCGGAAAAUGACCGGAAAGGAACUGCGAUAUGAGGGCCUGAUGGGCAAACCCAGCCUGCUCACCUAUCAGUAUGCAGAGGAGCUGAUCAGGCAGCAGGCGGAGAGGCGGGGCUGGACCACCCCCAUCCAGAAGCUGUAUGCUGUUGGUGAUAAUCCUAUGUCUGAUGUCUAUGGGGCCAACCUGUUCCACCAGUACCUGCAGAUGGCAGAGCGUGGUGUGCGGGCAGAGCAGCAAGGGGCUGGCGGCCUACAGAAGCAGCCACCCUCCGCCACCCAGAGCUGUACUUCCAUCCUGGUGCGCACCGGCGUGUACCGUCCUGGGGAGCCUGGGUCUGGGGAGCUACCGUUCCAUGGCCACCGGGAUUUCGGCUGCAGUCCGGGGCUCCUGCAGGCGGCCCACGUGGUGAAUGAUGUGCACGAGGCUAUGCAGCUGGCUUUCCAUGAGGAGGGCUGGGCAUGGUAGUAGAGUGUGCUGGAUCCUGCAUGCUGCCUUUUGGCCACAGAAAUGUUUCCUGGGGCCGCAUUUCCUGUGGAACUUGUGACUUCCAGCUCGAUUCUUGUGUUCAUCUCCUGGCAGUCUAACCUCAGGCUGGCCCCUAUACCUCUGUGCCUCAGUUUCCUCCUUUCAGCAGGGAUGCCUGCAGAAAGGGAGGCAGUGUGGGGUAGUGUGCAGGUCCCACAGAGCUGUUGCUCUUGGGGAGCCACUGCAUGGCAGCAGGUGUGUAACCGAGUCUCUCAUGCUAGUUUUCACUGUGUGUUAGGUUAUUGCCCAGAAAUUGUGGGCUUAUUUUUUUAAAUUAAAAUGACUAAUAAAUAUUCUUUAUGGAAUCUCUUGAGAAGCUCUGUCUGGAAUAUACUGAAAGUCCUGGGAGGAGCAGCUACUGCGUGAUGGUAUAUACAUGGGAAGGCUCUGGAGGCAGGGAGAGGUGGCAUUUCAGCCCAGAAGAUGUGGCAUCUCCCUUUCUGCCACUCUUCCUCCUCCCACCUCUAAUAAACCCACAGCCAGCCUGGGCUGUGAAGCCAGAAUCUGUCUAAAAAUGAGUUAUGCCUGGCUUUGGCAUAUGCUUAGCAGCCUCCCUGGUGUAGAGAAGAAAAAGGAUAUUGUUUGUGGUCUGUUUUAGAGAAGGGAGUUCUCCAUCUGGUUGUAAUGAUGCAUGCCUGUAAUCCCAGCCCAUGGAAGGCUGAGGCUGGAGAAUCUUGAGUUCAAGGUCAGC